AUGUGGUCAGCAGGCACACGAGGAUACAGUCUAGCUCUAGAUGGUGUCCAGUUGCAGAAAAGAAAGGGGGUAGAAUUUUGCUCCCAGUACCUGAGGAAAGCCGCUUCAAGGGCAUAGGAGUCACAGACAGAGCACAGAGGCAGCACACACACAGAGAGCUCAGCUCUGGUCCAGAGGGAUUCCACUGUGAGAAACCAACGUCCCUGUCUUCUUCUGUUUCACUUCAGCCAAGAUUGAAUUGAAUCGAUUUUCAAGGGUCUUCGACGUCACCGGGAUGGCAGAGGCACAUCAGGCAGUUGGCUUCCAGUUCACCGUCACCUCAGACGGCAUCGACCUCCACCUGAGCCGCGAGAAUGGGAUAUUGACAGGUGUCUACCCUGCCAGCCCAUCCAGUUUGCUGAUCGUUGUGAUAGCCAUAAUGAGCACCAUAUAUGCCAGGAUAGACCCAUCACUGGGAAUGAUAGACACAAUCAAGAGGACCAUGUCUGUCAGUGGCUACAUGACAGUGCAGACCCAGACAGUUCUGAGUGCCAUCCUGUUUUCCACAGGCCUGUGGCUCUCUCUCAUCCUCAUGCUGAGGUACAUUCUCAAGGCCCUUCUCUCCUACCAUGCCUGGAUCUUUGAGUCCCACGGCAAAAUUAGCUUCUGCACCAAACUCUGGCUGAGUCUGGUGAAGAUGUUCUCUGGGCGCAGACCUCUCCUCUAUAGCUUCCAGACCUCCCUACCCAGACUACCUGUGCCUAGUGUGGAUGACACCAUAACCAGGUACCUGGAGUCAGUGCGCCCCCUGCUGGAUGAUGAGCAGUACAACCAGAUGGAGGUGGUGGCCAAUGACUUCAAGAAGGACCAGGCACCCAAACUCCAGAAAUACCUCAUCCUCAAAUCCUGGUGGGCUACUAACUAUGUGAGUGAUUGGUGGGAGGAGUACAUCUACCUUAGAGGCAGGAGUCCCAUCAUGGUCAACAGUAACUUCUACUCCAUGGAUCUGCUGUACGUGACUCCCACACACAGACAGGCAGCUCGGGCAGGGAAUGUUGUUCACGCUAUGCUGCAGUACCGCCGCAAACUAGAGAGAGGAGAACAUGCACCGUUGAGGGCUCUGGGGGUGGUGCCAAUGUGUUCUUAUCAGAUGGAGAGGAUGUUCAACACCACACGUAUCCCUGGUAUAGAGACAGACUUUGUUCGGCACCUGAGUGACCGGAAGCACCUGGUGGUGUACCAUAAGGGCCGCUUCUUUAAGGUGUGGCUGUACUACGGGGGGCGUCACCUCUGGCCCUCUGAGCUGGAGACUCAGUUCCAGAGGAUCCUCGACGACACCACCGAGCCACAGCCUGGAGAACUCAAACUGGCUGCCCUCACAGCCGGCAACAGAGUUCCGUGGGCGCGGGCUCGUCUGAAGUACUUCAGCCAGGGUGUUAACAAAGUCUCUCUGGAGGCCAUCGAGACGUCAGCUUUCUUCCUCAGCCUUGAUGACGAGGUGCAUGGUUAUGACCCUGACCAGCUGAGGUCAUUGGACCUGUAUGCCAAGUCCCUGCUGCACGGGAAGUGCUAUGACAGGUGGUUUGACAAAUCUUUCACUCUGAUCGCUUAUAAGAACGGUAAACUGGGGGUUAAUGCAGAACAUUCGUGGGCAGACGCUCCCAUUAUAGGACACAUGUGGGAGUAUGUCCUAGCAACGGACUGCUUCCAUUUGGGCUACACAGAGGAGGGACACUGCAAAGGAGACAUCAACAAGGGCCUGCCUCCCCCCACCAAACUACAAUGGGACAUUCCACUGGAGUGCCAGGAGGUCAUUGAGGAGUCCUACAUGGUUGCCAAGGUGAUAGCUGAUGACGUGGACUUUCAUGGCUGUCUGUUUGAUGAGUUUGGGAAAGGCCUGAUCAAGAAGAGUAGGACCAGUCCUGAUGCCUUCAUACAGCUAGCACUACAGCUGGCCCAAUUCAGGGAUAAGGGGGAGUUCUGUCUGACGUAUGAGGCCUCGAUGACCCGGAUGUUCCGUGAGGGUAGGACAGAGACGGUUCGCUCCUGCACCUCAGAGUCCACAGCCUUUGUCAGAGCCAUGGAGGACAAGAACACUGCGAGUGCCCAAAAGUUGGACCUCUUCCGGAAGGCCGCAGACAAACACCAGAACAUGUACCGUCUGGCCAUGACAGGCUCUGGCAUCGACAGACACCUCUUCUGUCUCUACAUCAUGUCUAAGUACCUCAGCAUCGACUCACCAUUCCUCAAACAGGUGUUGUCAGAACCCUGGAGGUUGUCCACUAGUCAGACUCCUCAACAGCAGCUCAACAUGGUUGACAUAAAGAAGUUUCCCAGAUACGUGGGCGCGGGGGGGGGGUUCGGCCCUGUGGCUGAUGACGGCUAUGGCGUCUCUUACAUCAUUAUAGGAGAGAACCUGAUCACAUUCCACAUCUCCAGCAAGUUUUCCAGCCCUGAGACGGACUCGUACCGCUUUGGACAGAACAUUCGACAGGCCAUGCUGGACAUUCGUGCGCUAUUCGACCAAAAAGACAAGGAGAAGGAGAAAGAGAUGUGAUGAGAAGACAGUCUGGAAGGUCUUUAUAGCCUUCAUACCACAUUUUUGUGCUCUGUGACUUUACAACAUUGUUUCCCAACGGCUGGUCACCACUAGUCUCUUCUGGGUAACGACUUUAGACUGGGUUAAGUUAUAAAGCUUCUGGAUAUCUACUCAGAGAGCAGGAGGAAUUGCUUUGCAGAAGAAUACAUAUUUAAUAAAGCAUUUUCACUAUUUAUAUCAGACACUAUCCUUUCUAUAAAAGGGCAGUGAAUUUUGAGUAUAGUUUUGAACCGAUUCUGGCAAGAGCAAUGGAGCACAUAAUGCCUUGGUGGCCAUAUAGAACUAUUAUUAAUCUGAUUUUGAUUGUAGUAGAAUGAUAUAUGAAUGUAGCCUUGUAAGGAUAGGCCACUCAUCUGUUUAGAGCGGUCAUAGUAUUUGCUUCUGAUUGUAAUAUGUGUACACUUGUAUAUACCAUUGUUUUGAGUAUUUUAAAGUGUUGUAAUAUAUAAGGUUGUAUAUCGGAAUCUGUUAUGCUUAUGUAUUUGUGUUUAUUAGUAUAUUAUAAUAAAGGAUAUGUUGAUU